GGCCUGCCCAACUUUCGGCCAGUCUGGCGGCUGUACUCGUGGCAGACGUCGCUGCUCGGCGCGGCGCUCACCGCCGGCUCGAUGUUCUUCCUCAACCCGCUCUUCGCCCUCCUCACCCUCGCCCUCGCCCUCGCCCUCGGCGUCUACAUCUCCGCCACCGUCCCGUCCGGCCGAUGGCCCUCCAUCUCGCAAGCCGUCGCCUUCCUCACCGCGCGCUCCUGCCUGCUCACGCUCGACGCGCAGCCGGCGGACCCGAAGUACUGGCGGCCCAGCUUGCUGCUCCUCGUGCCCCCGUCGCAGGCGGCCGGACCGCAGCCCACGGCCGGCGGCGCGUCGCUCCUGCUCCGGCUCGCCCACCGCCUCAGCGGCUCCGGGCUCGUUGUCGGCGGGCGCACCCUCCCCCUCGCCGCAAUCGGCGGAGGAGGAGGCGGAGGCGGAGGCGGAGGCCUCGAGACGCUCGGUGCGGCGAGCGCGGCCCUGCGCGCGCAGCUUGCCGCCGCGCGCCGCGCGUGCGGGCUGCGCGCCUUUGAGCAGAUCAGCGUCUCGCCGACCGCCCGGCUGGGGGUGCUCAACUUGCUGCUGGGCGCCGGCGUCGGCGCGAUGCGCGUCGAUACGCUCGUCGCGCCGCUGCCCGCGGCGGCCGCGCGCGACGCGGCGCCGAGUGGCUCCGAGGGGGCGGGGGAGGAGCUGGCGGGGGAGGAGCUGGUGGGCGCUCUCGGAGACGCGCUGGAGCUGCGCAGGCACGUCUUGCUUCUGGGGGGAGGGGCGGCGGCGGGAGAGGAGCCGGUCGGCCGCGCCGCAGGGGGGUCGGUCGACGUGUGGCUCUUUGGCGCGCCGCCGGGGUACAGCGAGUGUGGAGAGGCGGUGGCGCCCCAUGCUGGCGUCGCCGAGGCCGUGGCGCACCUCGACCUCUCCGCACAGUUCGGCGCCAUCGCGGCCUCCGCCUCCGAGCAGCGCGGCUCUCUCGCCGGCGCGCUCCGACGCGCCCUCUUCUCGUCGCGACCCGACCCGCCCGAAGCGCGCAGCGGCGCCGCCGACGCCGAGAUGGGGCCGGCACCGCCCCCGACAGAGGCCAGGGAGGGCUGCGGCUCUUCGUCGCGGACGCCGCGCCUGCGAGUGCUGCAGCUCUGCCACAGGGGUGAGCUCAAGACGCCCGCCGCCGCCGCGCACGCCGCCGCCGUCCGCGCGUGGCUCAAGCGAGCGCGAUUGCAGGCCGAGCUGGUGCAGGUCGAGGCGGAGCUCCCUGCGGCGGCGGCCGAGGUGGAGCCAUCCUACCCGCCGCGAUGGCCCUUUGCGGGACACGCCCUCGGCCCGGUCAACGCCGAGCUCCGGCGGCACUCUGCCGCCUCGUCGCUCGUGCUGCUGCCGCUGCCGCCGCCGCCGCCGCCGAUCUCUCCCGGCGGCCACGCCGACGGGGCUCUGGGCUACCUCGAGGCGCUCCGCACGCUCGCGCGUGGGCUGCCGCCGACGGCAUUCGCGCGCUCAAACGGCAGUUCGGUCAUCACGACCGAAAUCUGAACUCGAGUGACGUGUACAUUUAUUGGGACCUAUAAACAAUCACGAGGAAA